UCCUUACGUACGAAUUGAUUAGAUAAACCGGAACAAAACCGGUAUUUGUAAACCGACGCAUGGUGUUGGUAAAGUGUGAUUGGGUAAGAAGCCUAACUAGUUGUCUGAUGAUAAUUGUCGUCACUAGGUGGGCACUUAAAGAAAAAAACACUUGUUUCCUUAUAUAUUCUCCUUCCUUUGAACAUUUAAUCUUUUCCUCUUCUACCAUCUCCACAAACUCCAAACAUCUCUCUCUCUCACGAAAUUGCAGAAGAAGAAGAAGAGUCAUGAAUGGUGAAGAAAGCUUUGUAGAAGAUUGCUCUGUUUUUGUUGAGAUUGAUCCUUCUGGAAGAUAUGGAAGAUACGAUGAAGUACUUGGCAAAGGAGCUUCAAAGACAGUAUACAGAGCGUUUGAUGAGUAUGAAGGGAUUGAAGUAGCUUGGAACCAAGUAAAGCUUCGAAAUUUCACAAGGAAUCCUGAGGAAUUAGAGAAGUUUUUCAGAGAGAUUCAUCUUCUCAAGACUUUGAAUCAUCAAAACAUUAUGAAAUUCUACACUUCUUGGGUUGAUACUAACAAUUUAUCAAUCAAUUUUGUCACUGAACUCUUCACCUCUGGUACUCUUAGACAGUAUAGGUUGAGACAUAGAAGAGUGAAUAUUAGAGCAGUGAAGCAAUGGUGCAAGCAGAUUUUAAAAGGGCUUCUUUAUCUACAUAGUCGUUCUCCACCAAUUAUUCAUAGAGAUCUUAAAUGUGAUAACAUUUUUAUCAAUGGAAACCAAGGUGAAGUCAAGAUCGGCGACCUUGGACUCGCUGCGAUUCUUCGUAAAUCACAUGCUGUUCGUUGCGUUGGAACCCCUGAGUUUAUGGCUCCAGAAGUGUAUGAUGAGGAAUAUAAUGAGUUGGUUGAUGUAUAUGCUUUUGGAAUGUGUGUGUUGGAGAUGGUUACUUUCGAUUAUCCUUAUAGCGAAUGUACUCACCCGGCACAAAUCUACAAGAAAGUUACCUCGGGGAAAAAGCCUGAAGCUUUUUACUUAGUGAAGGACCCUGAGGUUCGUGAGUUUGUUGAGAAGUGUUUAGCUACUGUGACCUGUAGGCUAACGGCAUUGGAGCUUUUAGAAGACCAUUUUCUACAAGAAGAUAAUGUGGAUGGAUUUGAUAUGAGACCUAUUGAUUACUACAAUGGUUAUGAUGAAACUGGUGUGUUCCUUAGACAACCUUUGAUUGAUGAUCCUCUUUACCAUGAUCAGUUUGAGUCGUCACAGAUAUGUGAGAUCGAUCUUUUCGCUAACGAUGAUGAAGACCAUGUCGACAUUUCGAUUAAAGGGAAGAGAAACGGCAAUGAUGGGAUAUUCUUGAGGCUUAGAAUCUCUGAUGCUGAAGGUAAAGUUUCAAUCAUUUUCGGUAGGCUUAAGAUCAUUGGUCUUAAAACCGUAAAAUGCUUUCGACUUUUAUGUAAUGCAGGACGGAUAAGGAACAUUUACUUCCCGUUUGAGACAGCUAUUGAUACUGCAUGGAGUGUAGCGGCUGAGAUGGUAUCUGAGCUCCACAUAACGAAUCAAGAUGUUGCGAAAAUCGCAGAGAUGAUCGAUGCAGAGAUUGCUGCAUUGGUCCCUGAUUGGAAAACUGAUGCAGAAAGUUCAUCAAAUGUGAACAACAACAACAACAACAACACUGCAGGAUUCUGUGGAGAUUGUGCUUCAAACGGGUAUAUACAAGAGACUGUAUCAUCAGGAGAAAAAUCUCAUCAUCAUCAUCAUGAGUUCGAUAGUUCUGACGACAAGAGCUGUUCUUCGGUUCACGGUAGGUUUGCAGAUAUUUGGGGUUUGAGAGAAUCAUAUUCUGAUGAUGGAGGAAAACAGAGCUCAAGGAAAGUCAGAAGUGGGCGGUGGUCGAAGAAUGAGAUGAGACGAGAACUGAGAUGGCUUAAGGCAAGGCAUAGGAUUCAGCUUAUGAAAGUAAGAGGUCAAACGAUAUGCGAUACACCGAUGGAGAUCUCUGUCACGCCGGGAAAUUCAGCUUCGCCGCCUCUUCUUUACAGGGCGAUAUCGCUUCCUGUGGAUGCUGUGGAUAUGUGACAUUGUAAAGUCUGAUUAUAGUUAUCACAUAUAUUUGUAUGUUUCGACAUUUUUAACUUUUGCUAAGUUAAAAGUUAAUGACAUAGUACUUAUUCAAAGA